GCACGCGCUCGCUCGGCUGUCUGCGAUCCUCGUGGGUCUCGAACACAGCCGUGCUCGACAAAACGACGAGCAGUAUCCAGCCGCGCACGCUCGCCGAACGCUAGCGCAGCUAAGCAGCAGCACAAGCCACGCUCGCCGCCGAGCGCAGGAACGGGCUGAUGGACUCCCCGGGCGCGCCCUCCUCGUCGCGGCUGAGCCCCUUCAAGACCUACCGCGAGUUCGUCGCGGACCAGCGAGACGACGCGGACCCCCAGGCCUUCGCGCGGAGGUACGGGGAGUAUCGCGGCGGCUUCGCGAGGGAGUUGGUGCGGCGCUUCUUCGAACGGAACGCGGACUUUGCCUGGUUUCGCGACCGCUACGACCCGAGCCGCGUUGAGGAGCGGUGCGAGAAGCAGCGCGCGCGCGCCGCGGGCGCGGCCAAGAGGUUCCGAGAGGACGUGGACAAGGCGGGCGAGGACGCGGUCAAGCAGGCGUCGCUCGACCCGAACGCGAUUGAAACGGUCGCGCCGACCGACGAGGACGAGGACAAGGUGCCCCUCGAGGCGUCGCUGCACGCGGUGCCCGACCACGCGGCGGCGAAUUGUGUACUAUUACCCGGAGCGCCGCCCGUCUGCGGCGAGGCGGCUUUGAGGGACGCCGUGAAGCGCGCCGUCGAGAAGGACGACGACGAAAAAAAGGUGCCGCCGCGCCUGCUCAUCGACGACGCCGCCGCGCGGCGCAAGGACGGUUUCGAGGUCGACUGCUGGCUCCUCUUCGCGGACAAGGACCAAGCUAGAGACGCCUGCAAAUUAUUGCAGGACGCGCGCCUCGACGUGCCCGUGCCGCCGGCGCUGACGGAUGCUCCGUUACCUUGGGACGAGGCCAGUAUCAGAAACGCGCGGAACGUCACCGACGACGACGACCUGGGUGAGGACCACCCCGACCCCAUCGCCCGGGACACGGCCGAGGAGCGCGUCAAGCGGGGCCUGGACCGGGAACCUACCGAUCGGGACAACUUCCGGUGCCGCGCGCGGCGCGCGCUGCUCGCCGCAUCGACGCCGGCGGUCGACGAUCUGGGCCGGUCCAAGCCGCCGCGCCGGGCGCCGCGGCCGUGGACGCGCGGCGGCGCGGCGCUGGCGACGCGGCCGCGGCUCGCGCGCGACGCGGCGCAGGCCCAGGCGCUCGCGGAGGCGCUGGACGCGGCGGCGGACGUGCCGGAGGAGGACCGCUUCGCGCGGGUGGUGGAGGGCGACGGCGAGCUCGCGGAAUUACUAAGGGGGGACAACGCCGCGCGGCUGGACGUGUGCGCGGCGUAUUUGCGGAGGGUGCACCUCCACCUGUAUUACGGCGGGGCGCGGUGCCGCGACGAGGUCGAUCUGCUCACGAGGGACGCGGCGUGGCUGACGCGGCCCGACGCGGCCGACGAGCCCCUCAACGCCGCCGAGGAGCUGGCGCUCUUCGAGAAGGAGUCCACGAAGCUGCGCGACCGCCUGAGCGAGACGAGAAAAAGGAGGCGGUCGGACGGCGACGAGGCCGCCGACGAGGCGAAGGACGAGGAACCCAAGGAGGAGGAGAAGGAAGAGGAGGAGGAGGACUGGGGCGCCUCGCUGCGGGCCGAGGACGAGAAGACGAUCCGACUGAUCCAGCAGGCGACGCGCGAGGCCGACGCGACGGCGGAGCCGGACGCGUCCGCGGGCGUCGGCCCGGGCCGCUGCUACCACCCGCGCGGCCGCUGCGCGAAGCUCUUCCCGCGCGAGGGCCGGUGCCUCGCGGCCGCGCGCGCGCGUUUUGAUGGAUUGCACAAGCUCGAGGAGGACAACGGGCGCGCCAGGUGCGCCUUCGAGUGGUGCCGCAAGCUGUUUAAGUCCGACGAGUACCUCAAGAAGCACCUCGCGAAUAGGCACGGCGACCACCUCGAGGCCUACCUGACGAGCGCGCGGCGGCCGUUCAUGUGGGCGGUCUACGACGCGGACGCGCACAAGCCCCUGCCGCCCUUACGGACGGCGAAUGGCGACGAGGUCGAGCCCCUCGAUCUUUUGAGAGGAGGCGACUUCCAGGCGCCGCGGAAGCGCGACCGCCGCGACCGCGACCGCGGCCGCGACCGCGACCGCCGCGACCGCGGCCGCCGCGACGACUUCCGGUCGCCGCGGGAGCGGUACGCGGCGGGCCCGCCGCGGCCGCCGCCCGGCGCCGAGCGCUCGAGCGACACGCGCAAGCCCCCCAGCUACGACGACGUCGACGCGCCGAAGCGGCCGGUCCUCGACCUCGACUACGGCGUCCUCCUGCCGCCGCCGGCCAAGAAGAAGAAGAAGAGCGCCGGCUAG